UAAAAAUGUUAAACAUCUUUUUUUUUGUUAACGAACGUAAAGGGUGCAUUGACCGCGCCAUUCGCACCCACUCACGCAGAGAUCGUUGUGAGUUUCGCUCGCGAUUUAAGGGACGAGUUUGAAGCUUCAAAUCAAGAUUUAGUUUUUAAGUUGUUAAGCCGCCAGAGAGAAGUGAAGAAUCGAUUCUAAGGCUCGACAUUACCGGAAUCGAUUCCUACUUGAGCAAUCAAUUGGCAUAUAGCGCGUCAAAAAAUCUAUUGCUUACGCGUAUUGCUAAAUUAUGUUCAAAUAUUAAGCGCACGUUUUCCCGCAGCCUAUUUUGAACCGACUAGACGUGACAAAUAAGAUCGCAUAAGCGGGACCUGACCAUCGAUUCCCUUUGCGCGUUUCGAUUCUACAACGAUUCGCGUGGGGGGUCGCUCACCAUUUUCCGAAGUGUACAAUACCCUAGCAACAUGGAGCACGCAGCAGAGAGCGAUGAAGACAUGGUCUCCUCACUGAGGGAGCUUCUCUGGGGGCUAGACGCACGGACCGGCAUGCGAACCACAGAUGCCCUUCUCCGCCUGGAGGAGACCGAUGACAACUUCCACAAGUAUGAGUUUGUGAAGCAGCUCAAAGCUCAGCUGGAGCGCUCUCUUGGCCGCGUCAUCGAUGACGAGAUUGAGAGGAGCUCCGUAGGCACGGGCGUCGGCUUGUCCAGUGAGCAGGAAACACUGGUGCAGCGGGUGGCCCAGCGAGUAACCAACUCUGACGCUUAUGCAGAGCUGGAGCAGAGCCUAAAGGUGCGCAUACUGGCGGCUGUGGACGUUCUUCUGGGAGGCAUGGAGGAGGAAAAACACUCCCGGCGGCCAGGGCAAAGUGACUCAGUGCGCCGCUCCAGCAACAGCGAGAGCUUUUCAUUUGAUAACAGCUCUGACAGCGACUCAUCGUUCAACCAGGGAGCAUUCAUGUUCAUGAAUCAGGAGCAAUUCUACAGGAUUGCUGAGAACUUGGACUCCAGGCAGCCACUCGAGGUGCGCAGGGACGCACUUCAUGCCCUGUACUCGCUGCCCCCGUCGGACGUUCUGGCCAGUGAGAGCUGGAGCUCACUGCGCAAAGGACUCAUGGAUGCACUCGGAGAUGCUGACCCCACUCUGAGCGACAAGAGCUUGCGUUUGCACGCAAAAAUGUUCACCGCCUCUUCACCGCACGUCACCAAGGAAAUCUAUACCAGCUUGGCGGAACACUUGGAGAAUGAGUUUCAUUCCCAGAUGAGCAGUCUUGGCAGCUUGAUUGGAGGGUUGGACGUUACCAAUGCUAACACGGAACAUCUGCUUAAAAAGAUACGAUUGCUGAAUGACUUUCAAAAAGAGGUGCCAUCGUUUUGGAUCCGUUCACCUGAAAAGUUAAUGGAGGAGAUUGUGGAAAGCACCCUGUCAUUCCUCGCCUGCUCAUCAGACCGCCCACAGAGAGAGGACACCACUCAUAACAUCGUCCAUCCCAUUUGCCUGCUGUCAUUAUUGGACCCUAAAGCAGCCUGGUUCAAACUCUGGAUGCAUGGCUACUACAGCAGGACAGUGGUACUUCGGCUGUUGGAGACAAAAUACAUCUCACUGAUUAAGGAUGCUGUGCAGCAGUGUUACAGCUACAGGCAGGCAUUGCAGAGCUGCCAGGAUGGGACGGAGGAGAUGAGAGCAAGCCUACAACAGCAGACCAUUCAGAGCGGGCGAAGAACAACAUACACGCGGGCCGAGCUGCUGUACCUGCACUUUGUGCACUCGCUGUGCAUGCUGGGACGGCUGCUGAUGUACGCCCAUGGACGAAAACUUUUCCCGCUCAUCAUUUCAAAUCGCAAAGAACCAGUUUCCCUGUCAGACGUGAUGGUGCUGUGUGUCCAGCUCAUGUGCAUGCAUGGCGGAGCACCCAGGCAAUUCAAGAAACAGUCGGGAACGCGUUCUGACGUGUAUGACCCUGGCACGCUGGCGCUUGGGGUCCUGAGAAUGCUGUGCGAUGGCAAGGAGAGUGCGACCGAGUGCCUCUACAAUGACGCCGUGGUGCAUGCCCUUACACUGCCGAUAUCCGCCUGCCUGGAAGGCAGAAUGAGCGGCGCCAACAAAGAAUCGACGCUGCUGCACGUGGCCGACAUUAUGGCUCGUGUGGCCUCCACGGAUCGCGGCCUCUCAUUGCUGUUGUGGGGGGAGGGCAAGCUGAGCGCUCAGGCGGGCAGGUCAUCUCCCGCGCACGUGAUCGUCGAGUUCUGCAAGCACACGCUCGACGGACCCCUGGUCACACCCGCGGGCCCCGUGCAGCUGCCCUGGGCCGUGAUCGGAGCCUUUGUGUUCGUCUGUCGCCAGCUCUACAACACGGCCGAGGGGCUCCAGGUGCUGCAGCCAUACCGUCUGCACGAUUGCCUGGCGCACGCCUGGAGGGAGGCGAGCAGUGCAGUAGAGAGGGCUCCUACUCCAGUGUCUGGUGAAGACAGCUGUAUGCCCUCAUCCAGCCAAGACACACAGGCAUUGCUAGCAUGGGAGGAGACUCUGCUAGAUAACCUGCUGAACUUUGCGGCGACCCCUCGAGGACUCCUGCUGCUGCAGCAGACCGGAGCCAUUGGCCAGUGCGUUGCAUACAUGUUCAGCCGCUACACAAGCAAGCUGCAGGUGAGCAAGUGCGAGAAGUUUGGCUAUGGAGUAAUGGUCACACAGGUGUCAGCCACUGCUCCAGGCAUUGCUGCUGUUAACAACUCUGGCUACACGAGGACUCUGGUCACGGAGCUGUGGGCCGUGCUGGAGUGUGGCCGGGAUGACGUACGUGUGCUCGCGCCGCGCCCCACCGCCCUCGACCCCAUCGACCGCAGCUGCCACAAGUUUUUCCUGGGGCUGGUGAAUUUGUUGUCCUCGUAUCAUGCUGUGCGUGAGCUGCUGGGUGGGAAGAUGCUGCCCAACAAGGAAGACUAUUCCCUGCGCGAAAUCCCUACCUCCAUUGUAGACAUUGUAGACCGACUGAUUCUGGUCAACUCCAAAGCAAAGAUACACUCCUUGUUCAACUAUGAGCAAUCACACACCUUUGGACUAAGGCUGCUCAGUGUGCUGUGCUGCGGUCUGGACACGCUACUACUGCUGGAGAGCCAGUACCACGUAUCUCAAGCGCUGCUCGCAUGUCAAGUUGAGAAUACGCUGGACAGCGGAGAGUUUAUAAUAGAUGGGCUGUCACUGGAGAGGAACCAUGUGUUGGUGCAGAUGUACACCGUGGGUGGGCCAUCAGAGAGACUUCUGCCACCUCACACUCUCCUGCAGAAUGAAGACCCUUACCCCUGGCCUCUGUUCUUCUCCUACCCGGUCCCACAAGUCUACAUGCCUGAGACAAAACCCAGCCCUUGCUCAAAGGAAGAGACUGAGCUCUCCAAGUUUCUGUCAAAGGGCAAUGGAGUACACAAGGACUGGCUCGCAAGCUGCCAGCGCUUGCUCUGCAAUGCCCUGGCAGUAAAAUCUUACAACCUGAGCACAAGCGUUGUGGUGGAUGUGGUGGAAAGGGUCGUGUGUGCCAUGGAGGGAGAUGUCACAGAGCAGGCCUUCAAAUUGCCUGAAUACACUGUAAACGAUGCAAAUGUCAAGACUCACUCCCUGUCUGACGUCCAACAACUUGGCAUGAAAAUGGUGGUCCGGUAUGGAAGGCAUCUAAAGCUGCUCAAACCAAAACACUCUUCAGUAGAAAAUCUGAGCUUCCUGUUGAAGCACAGCAAGGCUUUCCUGCAGCUGCAGCAGAAGAAGCUUGACCCAUCCUCUUGUUCGCUGCAGGGGGCGAGGCAGGACCACGAUUGGUUUGUCUCCUCCGUGUUCCUCAUGACUGGCGGAGACCGUGAGAGGAGCUGGCAGCUGCUGCGCCGCCUCUCUGGCCUGCUGGUGUCCGCCUUGCUGUGGCCGGCACGCCUGCAUGCGUCUGUUCACCUGGCUGAACAGACGGCACUCUCUGGAGUGCACCCUCUGUACUCCUGCACCUGCCACUGGGUGGAGUCCAUCCUCAAAUCAGAGCUGCCUCUUAUCUUCUCUGCAUUCCGCAUGUCUGGGUACACUCCCUCGCAGAUUUGCCAACAUUGGUUGAGCCAGUGUUUCUGGAACUACCUUGACUGGGCGGAGGUGUGCGCGUACGUGGGCGUGUGUGUGGUGCUGGGGCCCGACUACCAGCUGUAUACUUGCCUGGCCGUGCUGAGGCACCUGGAGCCUCGCAUCCUGCAGCACACGCAGAGCCAGGACCUACAGAUCUUUCUCAGGGAGGAGCCCAUUCAUGGGUUUCGGCUUGGAGAGCACCUGAGUUACAUGAAGAGCCUUGAGAAGACCUACAGGGACACAGUCCUCUCCGAGAUGAAGAACAUCAGCAGCAGCAUCUGAUAGGAGAGACAGCGACUAAGGGACCGGCAUGAAGCCCAACCCUGCAGAACUGUAAUCUCUCGCACCCCACUCAAGUGGCACUGGCUGCUGCAUACGAUCGCCAUAGUCCACAGGCCUUUAUGUUGUUAAGCUCGUCGCCUGAUCACCCCUGGCCACGCAAGCCACUUCUGACCAUCUGCCUUCUCCGACCCUCGGCACAUACACGUACCAUCACAUUUUGAGCCAAACCUGCUUCAUAACAACCGACGUCCAGUCGCUAAUGUCUGUCAUUCAUUUCCAUAUUUUCCAGACUGCAAAGAAAGCACCGUGUUUAACCUAUCCCAAAAGAGCAAACCACUUAAAACUCGUGUAACAGACCUAUAAACACAUGUAUUAUUAAGCCUACAAUUAAAAUUAAUUAUCCACCAUUCCCCCUACUCUAUUAAACCUCAUUUUUAAUUACUCUACAUUAAACUCCUUGAACCAAAAAAAUUUGAGCAGCUGCUCUUAUUGUAAAUUUGGUGUUGCAUCAUAGACGAUGACCAGAACCCAGCAAUAUUCUAAGCAACUUUUUUUUUACAAUGCAAAACGAUUUCUGCUCCUAGCAUUGAUCCCUUUGCUGCGUCAAACAUCAAUAAACGGAUGAGCACUUCCUAUACAGCAGGCCCUACCUGUCAAGCAAGCUCAUGGGUGGACAAACACACUGACCACCUGUAACACACAUAAAAUAAAGCAAAAAGCCUUGAAAUGCAUUUAUGGGCAUUUAAACAUUUUAAAAGCAAGCCUUACAUUUCCAUAUGAACAAACCCACUUAUUACGAGCGUGUGUGUAUGUGCACGCACCAUGGUUAGCUAACACAAUAGUGGCAUGGUACUAUAAACCCAGUUCAGUGAACAUUGGCACUGUUAGUCUUUGAUAUGAAGAUGAUGGGGAGAAAAGGAAAUUCCAAUUACUGCACAUUACCCAGUUAAUGGCACCAUUUCACAGACUGCAACUGCUUGCACGAAUGUGCCCACACGCUGUGCUCAUUCCCAUUAAUUUUUAACAGAAAGGCUCGCUUAGAUUGCCGCUUUAAGCCUGGAAUAUUUUUUACUUUAUUAUUUCUUUGUUUUUUUUUUCCCCAUUAGCGUAGGGGCGUAGUUUACAUUUUUCUAGGAUAUCUGAACAAACUUAAAAUAAUUGGUUAAAUCGACAAAAUAAAAAAAAACAGUCCUGCACAUUUAAAAAAAACUGUAGAACGAUGCAAUUUACUGGCUGAAAAAAUAAACAAUGGUGGCAAUGCACCGCACCCCCACAAA